AUAUAGUUAUGAUAUUGGUUAUGUUAUCUGUCAAGCCUUAGCGAAUUGCCAUGGUUCUGCAUUAUCGUUUUUAAGGUUUGACGAGGUGGUGCAUGGGCUGUAUAAGUGUAUGGUAGCGUUCGUGUGCGUGAGGCUAUGGCAAAAGAGAGGGGGUUAUGAAACGGCUAUGCUGAUUUAUUAUAUAUAAGCAGCAUGAUUCUGUGUUUUCAGGAUCAGUACGUAAUAUAGUUAGGUAGUAAAUAUCUUUAUUGCAAUUAUGGUAUCCAUUGAUGAAAAAACUUCGUUACCUCCUUAUGGGGAAUCAAUUUAUGGGGAGUCAGUUAAUGAAUACGCGCAGCAAUCAACCCAAAGCCAAUAUCAAAACCAGAACCAGAACCAAAACCAAGUGAGCGAUAUUGUUUUACAGAAGAGAAAUGAACAUUUGAAUCGUGAGUAUGCCAAGAUCUUGGGUGAUCAUUUAAUUAAAUACAAAGAUGUCACUUAUGAGCAAAUCAUUGACUACUUCAACUCAGCUGAAAUUCCCCCUAAGUAUAAGGGUAAAGAGAGCAACUUCAUUAAUUAUACCUAUGAAUUCUUUCUUCAUGACGGUAUAUUAUAUAAGAAGGGCAAUGAUGGACGUUUUCCAUUGACUGUGUUAAGAACUAUUGAGGACUAUCAACAAGUCUUCGACUUGAUUCAUAAGUACAAUGGAGCUCGGUAUAAGAAAUCAAUUUAUGAUUUGAUUAACUUGAAGUACUUUGUGCCUAAAUUGGACAAUUUGUUGAACCUUCACUUCAAAUCCUGUGACACUUGUCAAAAGGUGGCCUGAACGUUCCUCCUACUGUUUUAUGUUACAGUCAAUUUUAAGUUGAUUAUACUAUGUUGGUUAUAGUUUCUUGAAUUGAAUAUGAUUAUAUGUUAAAGACCGUCUGACAUAUUCUGAUCUUUAGGGAAUACUGUGUAGAACUCUAUCUUACGAGUAAGAUCCAUCUCUCUUUAUGCUUUCUGUCAUACUCGUAUCUGUCACAUACUUUACUGAUUGUACUCGGCGUAUCAGGACAAUCAUCAACAUGGUCAAGUCUACAUACUCUACAUAUAUCAUCAGUUAAGACUUACACUACAAAUAACAUCAAGU